AUCCAAUAACUAGCACUAGUAGAAAAAUUGAAAAAGGCACCCCCUUUUUCCCACCGGUUCUUAAAAACCGGUGGGAAAAGAUCUGGGCGGGAUUCGGAUAUUUACUUUUCGCACCGGUUCCUUUGAAACCGGUGGCAAAUGUAUGUUUUGCUAAAUGUGUUGUUUAAAAAAAAAAAAAACAAAAAAAAAGGGUAAAUGGAUAUGCCACCGGUUCAACCCAAACCGGUGGGGAAAGUACGCAAAUUAAAAAAAAAAAAAACCGUGAAAUACUCUUCUUCUUCAAUUCCUUCAGCACGAACAAUUUCAUUCCCCUGCUUCCCCUUCAAUUAAUCUUCUUCUCUCGUUCUCGCCUGCCCUCACCAUCUUCUUCACGCAUAGGUUGUCCUCCAUUGAAGCACAUUCCCUGGGCUUUCUCACCUCCAUUGCCGCGCAACUCCUCUCUUUCUCUCCAUAUAUAGCUAUUUCCUCCAUUGAAGCGCAUACUGUCGAGCUUUGUGACCUCCAUUGAAGCGCAUUCCGAGCUUUCCAACUCCAUUGUAGCAGCUUCGAGAUUUCAGAUUCAUACAAGUACCGCAGAUUUAUGAUGAGUAUGUUUUAAUGGGAUCUGCUAACAUUAACCAACGAUCCUUAGCCGGUACUAAAGACACAGAAAUUCCUAUGUUUCUCACAAAGAAUGGCAUAUAUGACUUUUGGAACUGGUUUGACGACAUAACCUGGUACCCGCUGGGUCGUGUGAUUGGCAGGUACCAUGUGGUGGUUGCUGCAUUCUGUGAACAUCCCUUUGUCUGUGUGUAUACUGCACCAGUAUUUUCUGCUUUCGCAUCAUGGCCAACCUAUUUUCUCACAAAGGGAGUGAAGGGCCCGGGUGCAGGGUUAACAGCUGCAUUACUAUUGGGCAUGACUAAUAGGCUGUAACACUCAACAGUAGGCAGCACCAACAACAAGGAGCAAAAUGCACCAGCCAGAAUUGCAAAACAGGCAGCAUAUAGCUAUUGGAAACUUUUUAUUUUUUUUAGUUUUUUAAAGUGUAAUAUUACAAGUUAUUGAGGCAAAUAUAUGUGUUUUAUGUAU